AUGAUGUCCCACCUGCUCCUCGCACUCUUCCUCGUCCCGGCGGUUGCCGACGACGACUGCACGCAAGCCUAUAAUUAUUUCUAUUGCGACUACAACACGGUCAUGUACGGCUCCGACUGCAAGUACAGCACGGACGGUGGUGCGACCGAAUACGACAUCGCCGUGUGCGACGGCGCGGACCCAGGAGACUAUUUUUACGCCGACUGCGGGUGUACGUACGAAGACUGCUCCGACGACGACGACGACGACGACGACGACGACUGCACGAUGGCGUAUAAUUGGUUCUACUGCGAGGGCGACACGGUCAUGUACGGAUCGGACUGCACGUCGUGCGACUCGUGCACGCCGUCCAGCGUGCUCUCCGAUAGCUACGGGUACACGUGCGACAGCAGCGCGGGAACGUACUCGGCGCCCGGGGUAGACGGGUAUUGCAUCACC